AUGACAAUAUCGCAGGGACCUUCCAGAGAAUCUUCAAUAACUGUGGCCGUUAGAGUCAGGCCCUUCACCGCAACAGAGAGUUCUCGACUAAUUGUCAAGCAGGAUGACCAACAACUUCUAGGAGAUGGAGCGUUUAGUGGCCGUCCAAAUAAUAACAACAACAACAACAACAGCAACAACAAUAGUAAUAAUAAUAAUGGUAAUAACAACAACAGUGGCAGUAGUGAUUCGUUCCGAGCAGGAGACAAUCGAUUUGGUUUGAAAGGUAUUAGAAAGAUUGUUAAUGUGGUAGAUGAACGAAUGUUGAUCUUUGAUCCUGCUGAUGAGAAUCCAUUACAGAAAAUGCAACAAACGUUGUUUCCCAAAUCAAAUUCUAGAAUGCGUGAACAUAAAUUUACCUUUGAUCGACUAUUUGACGAGGACGCUGCCCAGAUCGACGUGUACAACAAUACUACUAGACCAUUAUUAGACAGCGUUCUAGACGGUUACAAUGCCACAGUGUUUGCUUAUGGUGCCACCGGGUGUGGGAAAACCCAUACCAUCACCGGAACCCCCGAUGAUCCAGGAAUCAUUUACACUACCACCCAAGAACUAUUCGAACGAAUCGAGGCGUUGAAGGAUACAAAGACCAUCGAAGUAUCGCUCAGUUAUUUGGAAAUAUACAACGAAACCAUUAGGGAUUUGCUCAACCCGGAAAUCGAACAUCGACUUUUGACAAUCAGAGAAGACGGCAACAACAGAAUAUCGGUAAGGAAUUUAUCAAAUCAUAAGCUUACUACGGUCGAAGAAAUCAUGGAUUUGAUUCUUCUCGGAAACUCCAAUAGAACUAUUAAUUUCACCGAAGCUAAUGCAACCUCAUCAAGAUCGCAUGCAGUUUUACAAAUCAACAUCGAUCAAAGAAAUCGGACCAGAGGGAUUAAUGAAGAACAUUUCUUUGCCACUUUAUCGAUCAUUGAUUUGGCAGGUAGUGAGAGAGCAUCAUCGACAAAAAACCAAGGUAAAAGAUUACAUGAGGGAGCCAAUAUUAAUCGAUCAUUAUUAGCCCUUGGAAAUUGUAUUAAUGCAUUAUGUGACCCAAAAAGGAGAAAUCAUAUUCCUUAUAGAGACUCCAAAUUAACCAGACUCUUGAAAUUCUCAUUGGGUGGGAACUGUAAAACGGUAAUGAUCGUUUGCGUUAGUCCGUCCAGUCAACAUUAUGAAGAAACUUUGAAUACCCUCAAAUAUGCAAACCGUGCCAAAGAAAUCAAAACCAAAGUAAUUAGAAAUACCCACAAUCUAGAUCGUCAUGUUGGCUCGUACUUGAAAAUGAUCACUGAACAAAAACAAGAAAUUGAAGAACUAAGGACUAGAGAAGCAAAAGUGAUCAAACAGCAGCUUGAUAGUUUCAAAUUGAAGAAAGAAAAAUGCGGAUUGAAUCUCCUUGAAUCGGUUGAUAUCCUUAAGAAUUUAAUUCAAACAAAACAACCACAACUUCUUCAGAAAUCAAAGCUUUUAACCAAAAAGAGAAUGUUGAGUUUUCAAAAACUGGAAAUCAUGUUGCUUUUAAAAUCAUUUGAGCUGAAUUAUGGAUCAAAAUUUGUCAAUGUUCCACGAGAUUUGCUUGAUGUACGAGAAGCCAUAAAAAAAAUCAUCGAUAAUAUCCUGAAAGAAAUCGAAAUGACAGAUAUUUUUUUACUGAAGGACACCGAUUUUGAAAAAAAUUUGAACAAAACCAUCAAGCUACAUCAGGCAAAAUUGAAAGAAUUGGAAGGCUGGUCCGAUUACGAUACUUUAAUUUUCGAUUUAUUGGUUGGUCAAAUGAAAAACAAUGUUGACAGACAAGUAUUGGACAAAGCAAAUAAGGUUUGGGACUCAAUAGUUGGGGAAAAGAAUGAAAAUACUUCCCAGACGUUUAAUUGUUUAUCAAACACAUUUUUCAAAGUUCAUAAGAAAUUAACUUUCAUCAAUACCACUGGUGAUAUCGAUGUCAUUAGAGACGAGAAUUUAUCUUUGAUCAACGGGAUGUUGAACGAUUGUUAUAAAGUUUUAGACGCUAAUAUGGGGUCCGAGUAUGUCAAUAACUUAUUAGCACAAGUGGAUAUUGGGAAGAAAAGUACCGGUAAAAGGUUAUCAUCACCGACAAAAUUGUCGCCACAUAAAUCCUCAAGGAAUGGCAAUGUCACAAUAAGGACAAAAUCGCCCAAGAGAAAAAAUGUUCACAAAAUUAAGAAGGUGGUUCGAUGGGACUUACCAGCAAGUAGUACGGUUGUUUAUAACCAUACUGAUAGUAGCGAAGACCUGGAAGGUGGUGAUGACAGUAGUCAAGAAGAAGAUGAAACUAUGGACGAUGUUAUUGAGCCAACAAUGUCAGUGCCAGAGCAAGCCAAAUUCACAUUCAAUCUGGAAACAAAGCCAUUUUUACGUAGUCCGACGAGAUUUGUGAAAAAAGUUGUUGAUGAUACUAUAGAAGACUACUCGAUGAUCGAUGAUUCCAAAGCUUUCACCAAUUUUGGACAGCAAAAGCCAUCAUUGACCGAAAUCAGUUUAAAGCCUCCAGAGAAUCUUCUUGGGUCGAUCAGCGAAUCUGAUGUUUCGAAAUCAUCAUUGGACAUCCCUAUGAAUGAUAAAGAAAACUUGGGGUAUUUUGGCCAAGGAUAUAGCCAAAACAAUCAGAUUCUGCCGGGGUUGUUGAGACUGUACAAAAAAGACGAUAACCCAGGUAUUGGGCCGCCAAUUAGGUUGAAUAGGUCUACGGGGAGUCCAACAAAGUUACUGCCAAACAAUGAUACUUUUGCAAUCACCAGCCCUCCAAAAGUGCUGAACAUUGACAAGUUUAAUUUCGAAACCAGUUUUUCUGGAGAUAUUGAUAUGGAUUGA